AAAAACUUGAUAAUUAUAACUGCUCUAUACGGCUAAACCCAUUACUUAACCCUCUCAGGCUAUGUCGUUUCUGUUGCUUUCUCUUUCGUUGUACCAAAGUUGAACGUACAGUACAAGGUGACUAUCAUGUCAGACCAUCUCCUAUGUGACAUUAUCAUUGAAAAUUUUUAAACUUCUACGUACCUUUCUAUAUGAGUUCUUUCUCGAAAUCAGAAAGCAGAAUUGCAAUGGAGAAUUUGCUUUGUGAUGAGGUUUGGCUUUCGAGUCCUGGAACUCCAGACCUCAGCCAUGAAAGUGAACAUUACAUUUGGAAGGGCUAUGGCUAUGCAGAUUUAUUUUAUACGACAAAGGAAGACUCGGAGCAGGCUCUUGUAAUAUGCCUGAAGAAAGAGCUUAGUUACAUGCCUGAAGCUGGAUAUCUAGAUUAUCUCCAAUCUAAAAAUUUGGUGUUUGCUAGGUUUAGAGCGGUUCAGUGGCUUAUUAAGACUUGUACUCGGUUAAAUCUGUCUAUUGGAACCGUUUUCAAUGCGGUAAAUUACCUAGAUCGUUUCCUAUCAAUGAGUCAGUGCCAUGGAUGGAAGCAUUGGAUGAUGGAGUUGCUAUCCGUUGCAUGUUUAUCCAUUGCCGCCAAGUUCAACGAGACUUCCCUCCCUUCCUUGGAUGAACUUCAGAUGGAAGACUUGGAGCAUUGUUUUCAACCGAGCACAAUCCAGCAGAUGGAACUGAUGGUGUUACAGGCUUUAAAAUGGCGUCUUGGUUCUACAACAUCCUAUUCCUAUAUAGAGCUGAUUACAUCAAAUUAUAUCUGUGAUAUCAAUUAUAACCUUCACAAGGAGUUAAUCAACCAAGUUAAUAGGACACUUGUCAAAGCUAUAUUGGAUUUCGAGUUGGUGCCAUAUCCACCUAGCGUUGUUGCAGUAUCUGCUUUAUGGUGCAGUCUAGAAGAGUUAGUUCCAUCAUCAUAUAAUGCCCAUCUCACCAAAAUUUUGAAGCUAAUAAACCAAGAUCACGAGGAUGAUAUUAUGGAAUGUCGUAGGAUAAUGAAAGCAUGGCUGGUUCAUCCAUUCUACAACAUGAAAGUUUCAGAGCAGUGCUCCCAUUACUACCCUCCAAGUCCUGUGACCGUUUUGUUGACGGACAGGAUUGACAUGAUCAAUGAUUGCCAAGUCGAUCUCUCAGUCUUCAAGAUGCCAUUGGCAGGUUCAAAUGUUUUUAAACUUGAUCGUGAAUCAAGUGGGAAUAGAAAAAGGAAGAAAGAAGAAUAG